UCGUCGACCCUGAAGCGGAAUGGGAAGGGCGACGGAUAUCGUCACCGCGGCUUGUGAUUGGUUGCUUGUUUGGCCGGGGCACUUGGGUCUUUUUUCUCGCGCCACUUUCAGGGGCUUUGGCGCGAGAGGGAACGCGAAGUUGUUGCCGGCUGUUUUGGAAGGCACGGAAGGCAGCGGCGGUUGCAGACAGUGCCCACCGCCCGCCCGCCAUGGACUCAAACGGGCGCUCGCGCGACGGGGUUGACAACGGUUGCCAUGGAGAAACAACUGAAUCUGGAAAUCUUGCAGCUUCGCGUUCUCGCCGUGAGAAAAAAUCGAAAAAAGGGAGACAGGAAGCACUGGAACGGUUGAAAAAAGCAAAGGCUGGUGAGAAAAUAAAAUAUGAGGUUGAGGAGUUUGCAAGUGUUUAUGAUGAAAUUGAUGAAGACCAAUACUCCAAGAUUGUCAGGGAACGCCAAGAUGAUGACUGGAUUGUGGAUGAUGAUGGAGUUGGUUACGUAGAAGAUGGAAGGGAAAUCUUUGAUGACGACUUAGAAGAUGAUGCUCUUGAUUCCAAUAUGAAAAGAAAACGAGAUUCAACUUCUACAAAUGACAAGAAAAAUGUGAAGAAAGCAAUGGUAUCAAAACCAAAUACUAUUAAAUCUAUGUUUAUGGCCAGUACUGGAAAGAAAAAUGCUGAUAAAGCUGUUGACCUGUCGAAGGAUGAUUUGCUAGGAGAUAUUUUGCAAGAUCUGAAUGCUGAGUCUGUUCAUAUAGCUCCACCACCUGUUGCAGUGCUCAAAAAGAAGAGACUUUCUGGAACAUCACCGAAUCCUUUUUCUUUGCAAUCUCAGGUCUCCAAGAUACCUUCUCCUAUAGUAAGGAAAACUGUCACUCCUUUAAAAAAAGAUGUUUAUUUGCUAAAUUCAUCUCGGCUUGAGCAUUCCAUAUACACAACCAGACCAAAGCCAGUCAAAGAAGAGAAUGCUGAUUCUAAAAAUGGAAUACAAAUUGAGGGAAAUAGAAGAUUGGUAAAAGUUAAACAAGAGGAAGCUACUAAAGAAGAUGAACCGGCUAUAAUGGAUUUUGAUGAUGGGGACUUUGAUGAAUCUGUGGAGGAAGUGGGAAUUUUAGAAACUGCAGAAACAGUUGCAUCCUUGAAGGAAGAGCUGAAAUCGGAAAAAAGACAAACGCCGCAAUUGGAAUCUGUAAAAACAGAGUCAUAUUUUUUAAGCCCUUCCAUCCCUGAAGUUUCUUGUUGGGACAAAAUUGGUAAAAAUGAAGAUGGGUAUCUAGCUUCAGAAAUUCAAGUGGAUUCCAAUCAAAUCCCACUAAUAAACGGGGAAGAUGGAGAACAGGUUUUCAGGUUCUAUUGGAUGGAUGCUUACGAAGAUCAGUAUAAUCAGCCUGGAGUGGUAUUUCUCUUUGGUAAAGUGUGGAUUGAAUCGGUGCAGUCCUAUGUGAGUUGUUGUGUGACAGUGAAAAAUAUUGAGAGAACUAUUUACCUACUGCCACGUGAGUCGCAAGUUGAUUUGUCCUCUGGUAAAGAGACACAGAGUCCUGUGACCAUGAUGAAUAUCUAUGAAGAAUUUAAUGACCGGAUUGCAGUAAAAUACAAGAUAAUGAAGUUCAAGUCCAAGAAAGUGGAGAAGAAUUAUGCUUUUGAGAUACCAGAUGUUCCUGCAAAAUCUGACUACCUGGAAAUCAGAUACUCGGCUGAAUACCAUCAGCUCCCUCAGGACCUGAAAGGAGAGACAUUUUCUCAUGUAUUUGGAACAAACACCUCUAGUCUGGAGCUAUUAUUGAUGAGCAGGAAGAUCAAGGGACCAAGCUGGCUAGAAAUAAAAAAUCCACAGUUCUUGAACCAGCCUGUCAGUUGGUGUAAGGUGGAAGUAGUGGCCCUGAAGCCUGAUACAGUGAAUGUGGUGAAAGAUCUCCCACCACCUCCUCUUGUGAUUAUGUCUCUUAGCAUGAAGACAGUUCAGAACACCAAAACUCAUCAGAAUGAGAUUGUGGCUAUUGCAGCUUUAGUACAUCACAAAUUUUGUCUGGAUAAAGCACCACCGGAGCCUCCUUUUCAGAGCCACUUUUGUGUUAUUUCCAAACCAAAUGACUGCAUUUUCCCAUAUGACUUUAAAGAAACAGUCAAAACUAAGAAUGCUAAAAUAGAGAUCGUAACAGCAGAGAGGACGCUACUGGGUUUUUUUCUGGCCAAGGUACAUAAAAUUGAUCCAGAUGUUAUUGUGGGACACAAUAUUUAUGGAUUUGAUCUGGAACUGCUCCUCCAGAGAAUUAACUUAUGCAAAGUUCCACAUUGGUCCAAGAUAGGUCGACUGAAGAGAUCAAACAUGCCAAAGCUUGGGGGUCGUAGUGGAUUUGCUGAAAGAAAUGCGGCUUGUGGUCGAAUGAUAUGUGACAUAGAAAUUUCAGCAAAGGAGCUUAUUCGUUGCAAGAGCUAUCAUUUGUCCGAACUUGUCGUUCAGAUUCUGAAAAUGGAAAGAGUGGCAAUUCCAUCUGAAGAGAUCCGAAAUAUGUACAGUGAUUCUCCUUGUUUACUUUACAUGCUUGAGAACACCUGGAUUGAUGCCAAGUACAUUUUACAAAUAAUGUGCGAGCUGAAUGUUCUUCCACUAGCACUACAGAUUACAAAUAUUGCUGGAAAUGUAAUGUCGAGGACGCUGAUGGGUGGGCGAGCUGAGCGUAAUGAAUUCUUGCUGCUUCAUGCAUUUUAUGAAAAGGAUUUUAUUGUGCCUGAUAAGCAACUCUUUAAAAAGCCUAAUCAGAAACAGCUGGAUGAAGAUGAAAAUUUUGAAGGUGACCAGAAUAAAUCAAAGAUAGGACGCAAAAAGGCAGCAUAUUCUGGAGGUUUAGUUCUGGAUCCAAAAGUUGGUUUUUAUGACAAAUUCAUUUUGCUUCUAGAUUUCAAUAGCUUGUACCCUUCAAUUAUCCAAGAGUUUAAUAUCUGUUUUACAACAGUCCACAGAGUAUCUUCCAGUGUGAAAAAAAAGACAGAGGUUGUAGAAGAAGAAGAAGAAAUUCCUGAAUUGCCAGAUCCAUCUCUAGAAAUGGGAAUCUUGCCUAAAGAGAUAAGGAAGUUAGUUGAGCGAAGACGUCAAGUGAAGCAGUUGAUGAAACAGCCUGACUUAAAUUCUGAUCUCUACUUACAGUAUGAUAUCAGGCAGAAGGCUCUGAAGCUUACAGCAAAUAGCAUGUAUGGGUGCCUGGGGUUUUCCUUCAGCAGAUUCUAUGCGAAGCCUCUAGCAGCUUUGGUGACUUUCAAAGGCAGAGAGAUCUUGAUGCAUACUAAGGAGAUGGUACAGAAGAUGAAUCUAGAAGUAAUUUAUGGUGAUACAGACUCUAUUAUGAUAAACACAAACCUCACCAACCUGGAAGAAGUCUUUAAACUGGGGAACAAGAUCAAAAGCGAAGUGAACAAGCUAUACAAAUUGUUGGAGAUCGAUAUUGAUGGCAUUUUUAAGUCCCUUUUACUGUUAAAAAAGAAGAAAUAUGCUGCUUUGAUUGUGGAGCCAACAGGAGAGGGAAAGUAUGUAACCAAGCAAGAACUUAAAGGGCUGGACAUAGUGCGAAGAGACUGGUGUGACAUUGCAAAAGAGACUGGAAACUAUAUAAUUGGCCAGAUUCUUUCUGACCAAUCCCGAGAUGCAAUUGUAGAAAACAUCCAGAGGAGACUAAUCCAAAUUGGAGAAAAUGUGGUAAAUGGCAGUGUGCCAAUAAAACAAUUUGAAAUCAACAAGGCAUUGACAAAGGAUCCUCAGGAUUACCCUGAUAAAAAAAGCCUGCCUCAUGUACAUGUUGCCCUAUGGAUAAAUUCUCAAGAGGGUAGAAAGUUAAAAGCUGGAGACACUGUGUCAUAUGUUAUCUGUCAGGAUGGAUCAAACCUGAGUGCCAGCCAGAGAGCAUAUGCUCCAGAACAGUUGAAAAAACAAAGCAAUCUUGUUAUUGAUACUCAGUAUUAUCUGUCACAACAGAUUCAUCCAGUAGUGGCUCGUAUCUGUGAACCCAUUGAUGGAAUUGACUCUGUCCUUGUUGCAGCAUGGCUAGGACUGGAUCCUUCACAGUUCAAAGUAUAUCACCAUUAUCAUAAAGAUGAGGAGAAUGAUGUCUUGCUUGGUGGCCCUGUUCAGCUCACUGAUGAAGAGAAAUAUAAAGACUGUGAAAAAUUCAAGUUUGCUUGUCCAAAAUGUGGGACAGAGAACAUUUAUGACAAUGUCUUUGAUGGUUCGGGCCUGCUGAUUGAAGCCAGUUUGAUACAGUGUAGCAAAAAAGAAUGUGAUGAAUCGCCUCUAAAUUACAUAAUGCAAAUUAACAACCAGCUAAUCUUGGACAUAAGAUGUUUCAUUAAAAAGUACUACAGUAGUUGGUUAAUAUGUGAGGAGCAAACUUGUCAGUAUCGUACUCGUCGACUUCCUCUUCGCUUUUCCCGGAAUGGUCCUCUGUGUCCAGUCUGUAAGAAAGCUAUCAUUAGACGAGAGUAUUCUGACAAGACCCUAUAUACCCAGCUGUGCUUUUACCGGUAUAUUUUUGAUGUGGACUAUGCAAUGGAAAAACUUACUGAUCAAGAGAAAGAACGUAUGAAGCACCAGAACAUGACUAUCAAGUCUUACAGAAAAUUGAAGAGCACAGUAGACAAGUGGUUAUCCAUGAGCAGCUACUCUGAAGUGAACCUCAGCAAACUCUUUCAGACAUUCAAUACAGUAAAAUCUGUGGGAGAUCCCAGUACUUAAACUCUGCAUUUAAGUGGAAUGAGACAAAAGGCUUUUGUGGACUACUUCCUAGACAAAACUUCUUCUGUUUCAUUUAUUGUAUUCCAUGUAUAAUUGUACUCUAGGUUUAUGUUUCUCUCUCACACACACACAAUUGCAUACCCAAAAAUAUGUUUAUUUAAAUAUGAGCUUUAUUAAUGUUGGAAAAUAGAAAAACAAAAAACAUGGUAAAAGUUGAUGGAUAUAUUAGACACCCUUAUAGUUUAUUUUUCAAUAAAUAUCUAUUUGUAUACCAAGACCUAAGAGGGAAGAAGGGGUGGAGAAAUAGCUCCUUUUAAUUGAAUAAUUCCCAGUGAGAGUUGCAGGAAUGUAAGUGAUCCUAGACUUUGCUCCAGGGUAUUUAGUAGAGGUGCUCUCAGGAAAAGAGGUUAGUGGAGGUCUCAGUAGGAGCACUAAUGUUUUCCCUUCCCACAAUUUAACUAUUUUGUAAUCAUAGACACAGCAGUUAAAAACAAUACUAAACCUAAAUGCUUCCUAAUGCCCUAUUACUUUAUUCUAAAAUGGUCUAUAUUUUUUUAACUGUGUUUAAGGUGUGUGUGUUUUUCCCCCUGCUGAACAAUAUUCAUUCAUACAAUACUGUGCUGUAAGUAUAGGAAGUAACCACAUGGGAAUUAAUGCUAAAGCACCAAUUGACUUCUGUCAGGGCAGGGAGAUCGAAUGUAUGCUGCAGUUUCACAGCCACACUUGUGUAUCUAAAUGUUAUGUUUUGGUUCACAAAAUAAGCAAUAAAACCUACAGGUCAGAAAAAAUAAAUGAGAGACAAAAUUGGAAUAUUAGCCAAUAAAUAAAAUCACUUGCUAUAUUGUAGUAAGCAAAUAAAACCAUGAAAAAGUUUUGAAGAGGCUUAUAAAUAUUAUCUAAUCUAUUUAGUACCAAUCACAUUACAAACAGAAACAAGAAAAGCCAAACCAUGACUUGGAAAAAGGAAAAAUGAAUAAUGUCAAUUUCUUUAUUUAGUUGCUGUUCUUAAUUUCUAGAAGAUUAAUGUUGUCACUUCUUGGUAUAUGUAAAAGUACUUUUAAAUGUGCAUGUAAAGUUUUACACUGUUAAAAAUAAUAAAUAUUCUAAAGUAAGAAAAGUCAAA